AUGGACACUCUUCUGACUGCUGAGGUGGCGGCCAACUCGCCCAGAUACCGCCGGCGGUCGAGUACCUUCAUCGACGCCAUCCAUGACUUGCCGGAAAAGGAAGAGAUGGCGCCCGCUCAGCUGUACAGCACUGAGUCGGGUCGCCUGUUCCACUCCGGUCGCAUCGUCAUCGCAACCGUCGGCCUGCCGGCGCGAGGCAAGACGCACAUCUCCGUCGCCGUGGCACGCUAUCUCAGAUGGCUCGGUGUCAAGACGCACGUGUUCCACCUGGGCGACUACAGGCGCGCGACCAUGGGCCCGGGAAGGGAUGUCCCUCAGGAUUAUUUCUACGUGAAUGCCUCGCCAAGCUCCGUGCUGUUGCGCAACAAGAUCCUCAAAAAGUGCAGAGAAGACAUUUACCAUUUCCUCGAGCAUGAGAACGGUCAGGUGGCCAUCUAUGACGCAGUUAACGCUAUAUCCGCGGGGCGCGCUGCGCUGGCCAGGGAGUUCGCUAAACGCCAGAUCCAAACGCUCUUUAUUGAGUCGCAGUGUACGGAUGAGAAAAUCAUCGAGGAGAACGUGCGGAGUGUGAAAAUUUCUUCUCCAGACUACGUGGGUUGGAAUGAUGAUGACGCGAUUAAAGACUAUCUCCAGCGCAUAUCGUCGCGGAUCCCGCACUUCGAAACCAUGGAAGAGCCGGACUUGCACUGGGUCAAAAUGGUCAAUGCCGGCGAGCGCGUCAUUGUCAACAGCUGCAACUUCGGCUAUCUCUCCCAACGUAUUGUCUUCUAUCUACUCAACCUGCACAUCAAGUCCCGCCAUACUUAUUUCGCACGUGCCGGAACCACAAGGGAAGAAGAUUCGUACAAGGCCGAUGGAGCAUUAUCAGCCGAAGGCGAGGAUUAUGCACAGAAGCUGACUGAGACUCUGUUGAGGCACCGCGAAGAAGAGCGCAAGAUUUUGGAACAGCAAGGAGCUCCUUCAGCUCAGCUCAAGCCACUGACUGUUUGGACUUCGACUCGCCGUCGUACCGUCGAGACCUCUAAGCCCCUGGCAGAUCUGGGAUAUAAAGUCAGACAGCGCAGUCAAAUGAGCCAACUUCACCCAGGAGUCUGUGAGAAGAUGACGGAAAGUCAGAUCAGAAAGAAGUUCCCCGAUGAGGUCGCAAAGCAUGAAGCUGACCCUUACCAUCAUCGCUAUCCGCGAGCCGAAUCUUAUCACGACCUUGCGGUUCGCCUAGAGCCCAUCAUUUUAGAACUUGAGCGUGAACAGAAUGAUCUCUUGCUCAUUGCACAUGAGAGCGUUCUUCGUGUUCUGUACGGUUAUUUGAUGGCCUGCAAUGCCACCGAUAUUCCGAAGUUGGAUUUCCCUCGUGAUGAGAUUAUCGAGAUCAUUCCCGCUUCAUACAACAACUCUGCUAAACGUAUUCACAUUCCUGGUCUCCCGGAUAAGAUCGUUCCCGCUUCCCCGGAAGACAUCUCCAUUCCUGUUCCUCCCUCUGGCCUUGUCACACCUUCUCCCCUUCCUUCUGGCAUCGCCACACCCGAAGCAUCCUUGGCGACAUCUUCUGGUCUCACUCCUGCAGCGGGCUCAAUCGCAGCUAGCCUUGCUGCUGGUAAUGCAACUGUCAGGCCUCGUAGCGCUACGGUGGGUGGUGAGGUCAUUGGAAAGGGCAGUCAAGGCCUGGCAGCAUUAGCAGCCUCAAGAGGCAGAAGUGGUACAUUGACUCCUCAGGAUGGCAGAACGACACCUCAACCGUUGAACAUCAAGGCCACGCAUGUGGAUCCGAGUUCUUAA